AGCGCGGCGGGCGGGCUUUGCUUCCCGACUGCGGCCGCCUCCUUAUUCGUGUUUUGCAGAGCCUGAAGCGCUGCCUUCAGAGAAGGAACGAUACAGGAAAAUCAUGAGGGGAAGCUGCUCUUGCUUUCAUGAUCUCUUUCUUCUGUAACGCUGCCAAAAGUAUCACAUGACAAUUGGGAGAUAAAGUCACCCGCUUUCACUCAGCGAGGCUUCAUUUUAGCACAGGACUUGCUUGGCUCAGGGUUUCUUCCCAGACAGCAGGGUCAGCUAAAGGCUUUCAGGUGGAGGCCGGGGUCUGACAGAAUUGCCUUUAAUACAUCAGAAGCCAAGUCUUCCUCUUAUCUAACACCAAUGGGUGGUAUUCCAAUAGUGGCUCACAGCAGUUAUUUUAGGCUUUCACUACUUAUCUAUGAAAAAUUUAUGCUGCUUCCUAAAGACAGCAAUCUGCUGAAGACUCUCUUCAGGGUCACUGCAUUUCCCAGCUCCCAGGCUGAUCCUGGGCGCAAGCACACAGGUGCCAGUGGAGCAGUCCGUAUGCUGGGACAAACAGCUCUGAAAAAAGCUCAAUAAUAGUAGUAAGAUGAAUGUCCCAUGAAAUAUUCAAAAUCUCUUGUCUCCAUGCACCUAUAAUGACAGAAAUAGCAUUCAAAUCGUGUAAAUAGAAAACAAAAAAACAAACAAAAAAAACAAAAACAAAAACAAAAAAAAACGAGACCUAGGGAGUUUAAGUGAAUGUGUCUUUGACAGGUCUGGGAUAAGACUGAUUCCCAGCCAUCAAAAAAGACAUCCUAUCCUUCACAGAAGUUAAUUGCUUCCAGCCAACAGACCAAAACAGAGUGUGACAAGGCCUUGCUGUCCACUGCUUCCCUACCCUUUAUUUCUGUGUUCUCCUAACAGUCAUUUGAUAUCUGGCACUGCCACCUUCAUUGUCUCCCAUUUCUGCAUCCUGCACCCUCAGCUGACAUGACUGACUUUGAUGGGCAGCAGGUACCUGUGGAAGGAGAAGGUUAUGAAGAAAAUUAAUGGUUCAGAGGGAUGCAGAGAAACUGCUUGCUGUAAACUAUUUGCAUGCAGCUUCCACUCUCAUGGAUGAAGCAGUAGUGGUUUCACAAUUGGUGAUCUACCCUAAAAACAGUCCAAACCGUCAGGGCAUUGGAAGGUUCAUUCUCAUUUUACACUAUUAAAAAUCUCCGGCCAACACUCAGUCAUCCACUGAUUUUUAUGUUUUAAAUAAAUUAACACUGGAGCUGCUUAAAAGACAGCAGCUCCUCCCGCUGGCAAUCCCACUCCUUCCUCUCCGUGUGUACGUGUUCCAACUGCAUUUCUUUGGUGUCUGCAUGCAUGUCCGCAGCUUGUGGCUGUACAUGUGCUGUGUGCCUUCUCCCACUCCAUCUGGCAAAAAGGGAAAAAGUCCCAGUUAUACACAACAACAAAGAGAAAUCUCAAGUUAGAAUUAUUUCAUAAUUCUCCUAGCAGCUGCAUAGUACAUAAUCUGGGACUCUAAAUUGGCCAUAAACAUUUACAUUAGAUAGAAAAUGAAACAAAAAUCCUCACUGUAAAGGGGAGCUUAAAGAGCUCAGAUUCACUGCUGGAAUAAAGAAAUUCCAUUAUUGUUGAAUGUUCUAAAGCUUUCAACUUAAAAGCACACUCUUUUCUACUUCGGGCUAAGGUGAUGGGAAAGUUUGAUGUGUUAUGGAGUAAUUAUUCUGUUCUGGCUUUUUCUGAAAUAGAUCUUCACAUGGACAGACUAUUUAGAAUCAGGAGUUCAAAGUACAAUACUUCUCUUUGAAAGUAAAUCUUAUUUCCUACACUUACUACAGCUCUUAUAUUUUUAGAACCAAAGUUCACUUGGUUGGUUUUCUCACUGUUUUCCUUAGCUGUUUGUACUUUAGAUUUUUGUCAUUUUUGUUUUCAGAGUUAUGGAGAUCUUGCUAUGGCUGGGCUGCCUUAUUCUGCAGUAUAAAAUAGGUGAUGUUCAGUGGACUUGACAUCAUAAUCUUGACAUUCUUUGUUCUGAAGACUUUUGCCCAGCUGCAAAAUCAUUUCUCUUUCUCAGAAGAGUAGCACCAAGCUUCUGUAAUUUGUUUUUUCCUUCUCCUCUGUCUAGACAGGCUCUUUAGCUAAGUGGUGCGAUUUUGUUUAUCUCUAAUUUCAGCAGCAGAGUCACAUUUCCCUCCUCCCUCCCUCUUGUAAAUAGGGAUUUGUUUACCACUGUCUGUUCUCUUGGUGACAAAAGCCACAUACUGUCAUUAGUUAGCAAACAUUUAAUUACACUGCUAGAGCAGAUGGAAGUCCAGCCUCAGGACCUAGGGAGCAGGUCCUCAGAAUUUAAAAUUCUUCCAUCUUUGUUGUAUUUCCCACCCUCCAUAACCACUUCACAGCUCCUUAGCACUGAGUUGAACAAGUGUGCAGGGUAUUUACGCUUACUCGUGGGACUCCUGCCUUGCAUGAGUAAGACAAAGGUAUUUCGUUAAACGUCCUUAUGGCUGAAGAGCAGAGCUGUCACUUUCCGUUCGAUUUAUCUCAGCAGGGCUUCCCUUGAUGGGUGAACUUUCAACAGGACAUCAGUAGUCUCUGGGCCAUGAGUAUGAGGUGGCCUGAUGCUUUACCAUGCGUGGCAGCUCUUCACAGGGUUACAAAUUCUGCUCUCUCUGAAGAAACCCAUCAGCCCAGCUUGCUGUUCCUUACCUAUUUGCUUAUUCAAAUCAGUCUUAAUGGAUUUAAUUCAGGUUUCUAGCCUUGCAGCUCGUUGCUACCUUUUAAUCUUUGCUUUCAUCUUACAAUCUGUUUACAAGCCUCAAUAUACCAAAGGAUUUAGGUUGGGCGUUAUGGAGUCUUCCUCUGAAACCCUGAGCAUUUAUAUGUGCACAGUAAAAGCAGAAAAAUCUGGACGGAGAGAUGGAUUUAAAUGAACUCUAAUCAUAAUACAAAUAAGCAAAUUUAAGUUAACAAACUUACUUAUACUUGAUCUCUCUCUUCUCUUUUUAAUUCUUUUUUUGGUGCUGCUUCUCUUUCAAAGAUAAUGUUGAUUUUCUAGGUAAAGAUAGACUUGUGUUAAGAGUUGAAUGUAUUUCUACUAAUAAGUAGAAUUCACUAUUAUACAAAAUAUUUAACUAGACAUAUCUAGCAAUGUAUGGUAGAAAUGUGCCCUGUUUUUCUUUCACAUUUUUUGUCAGAUAGGAAAUGGUAAGUGUGGUGUUGGUGUGGAUGGUUGAACAUAUUCAUUUUUCUCAUGAUCGAGUUAUUUUUCACGUUAUAUUUGCAUGAAAGUUGGAAUUAUAUUGAAAUAUACAAGUAACUGCAGUCUGAAGCAGCAAUACUGAAAAGUACAUGAGAAAUGUACAGGGGUAAAUGUAUUCCGAUUACGAUGUGGGGUUUUUUUCAUUAAAAAUGGAUUUAUUAAACAGUGAAGUAUUGUCCCUGUUCUGUGCAUUGAGCUCAUUGUUUUUUAUCAUCCUAAUCAUGUGUAAGCAGGAGUCUCUGGGUGUGUUCCUGGACUUCUGUAAUGAUACCUUAGCUGGGAGCACUGCCAGACCCAGCCAUGCCAUCUGCCAAAGCUUGCUGUAGCCCUGUCUGGACCAAGACACACCUAUGACUUGCCCAUGGACAAUACAUGGAAUUCCCCAUCACUCACCUGAGUGCAGCAUGAGAUUUCAAACCUUUGUUUUGUGGAUAGGUGCAGCUAUGGAUAAUCUUUUGCUGAUAUGUAGGAAAUCUAGGUUUAUUACUAGCACGUGGAAAUGAAACUACUGUUGAUGUGACACAUUUUGGUAUAAAAAUAGGAUGAGGAGACAUGAAAUAUGGAUGACGUCAUUGUUUUCUGCCUAUACAUAUUAUGUUAAUGCCUAUCCAUGCAUUGACCCUGUUAAUUUGUCUGAAGGGAUUUAAUGCAUGGGUAGUGUAGCAUUACCUAUAAUUAAGGUGGCUCCAAGAGAGAGGAGAAUGGAGAAACCAUCUGUCACAACCUGGUCUUUUCCACUGAAGAGGACUGCACCUGGCCCAGUGUUUGAUUUAGGUGAAACAGAAGGCAGGUGUAUUUAUCCCCAGUAUAAUACUACAAACCAUUUAUGGAUCCUAGUGCCUUGCUUUUCCUGGACACAAUGUAUGUUAGCUUUUGCAAUGUGGUCUAGUGUUCUUGCCUCUGAGCUCAGCAGCUGUCCUGACCACACGAAGCAACUCCUGUUGCAACAGCACUGGGAUGAGACCCGGGCAGACAUUAGCAUUCUUUUCCUUGAGCAGAAAGCUGGGCAGUUGCUUACAUAGUAGCCAAACAGUGCUCCGGGAGAUGUAACACCUUUAAAUAUUGGAGGGCUGAGACCUGUAUCACCAAGAUGGGCUUAAAUGGACUGUCUUGUCAACCAACCUCUUAAAUUCUUUUUUUUUAAUGAGAAUAGAUGUGAAGAAGAACAUUUUCCUUUAUUUUUUUAUUUUUUAAACACUACUCAGUUUGACAACUUUGAGCAAGCUGGUCAUCAAACUGGUCCAUCUGCUUCAUCCACUCUGUAUCUGCAGUCCCUGGCUUUCAUCCCGAGGAACUGGGCUUCAAGGCCCUCAUCCCGGCCCUGCCUGGCCCACUGGCCUGGUUUGCCCUGAAAGUCAGCAUCAAGCACACUGCUUGGCCAUUUAGAAAUGUCCUUUACCAUAUUUUCAAGUUCUCAAAAGCUUCAGUCUUAAUAUAGAUAGUUAUGUUUUAAAUAAGUAUGUUUUCAAAAUAAUAAUAUAUUUAAGUGAAAAUCUAGAUUAAAUAAUUUUUGAAAGGACUUUUAAAAUGAGUGAUCUUUAUUUUCCUUGGGCAGAAAUUUCCCCUUCCAACUCCUGGAUUUAAAUACGAAAAAAAAAUCCAAAUACAGCCUGUGAGAAUUUCAAAGAGCUUUAAUUUCAUUUGCUAACUCAAAGCCAAGCUGAACAGCUGAACUGAGAGUUACACUUCACAGCAUCUUUGUCCUGCCUGGGAGUUUGCACCAACAGUUAUCUCUGUAGAUUUGUGUGACUCAGCUGUUAGGCCUGAUCUGUUAAUUUAAGGGCUUGGUUUUGCAAAGAGCUCGGAAGGACCCCAUCAAACUUGGCACUGCAGCAGCGGCUCAGCUCCUUUGCACAUCCAUGCCACGGUGUUUGAGCAUGGGGGGCACUAUUGGCAGCAGGAUGAUCAUGGUGAGCCCAUGCAGGGGGUCAGGUGCAAGUGUGCAGAGCCAAUUGGUGACAGGAUGCCAAGUGUCUUAAGCAGGAAGCCGUGAAGCUGUUGCGGUGACAAACAACCAUGAGCAAGGGCACUAGGGCUACAUCCAUAUAGAAAGGUCCUGCAGCCUGGGCCUGGCUUGAGCAGGGCUUGGCUGGGAGGUGGGGGGGUGCAGCCUCCGCAUUCAUCCUUUCUUACAGCUCCUUUUUUUGUGAUGAUUUUAUUUCCCCUAAUCUUUAUUAUUAUUAUUAUGUUUUUCUGUUUUUCUCCUUUCAAAUGUACGCAAAGGGUAUAAAGGUAUUCCUUCACACCCAUUCCAGCUAUGGAAACAAGACAUGUAUAACAUUGCUUCAUGAGUGUGUGUCUGAGCUCUGUAAAAACAGAAAGCCAUGUCUUCGCUGAAAGCUGAUCUUAAAUACACUGCUGAUCUAUGGACCACUGGAGAAUUUUCUACCCUGUAAAUACACAGUAGCAGAUGGCAAGAGCUAUAUUGUUCACUUAACUAAUAUAGUUUAUGUACAGAACUUAAGUCUACUGGUGAUUAGAGUUUUGUUGAUAGAAGCUGUGGUUGGCUGGUACCUUUGAAAAUCAGGUUAUUUAUUUUGGUGUCUAAAUGGGGACUUGAAAAUAUUGGCCAAAGCAUUUUGCUCAAGGUCAUUAUACUGACUCAGGGACAGAACUUGGAGGAAAACCUGGAUCACUUCCAUUCUCCUUUCCUCUUCAUAUAUUCUGAACAGCUUCAGUAAAGUAUGUGCUUAUAUGUGCAGAUUAUAUAUCAGAUUAUAGUGAGGUGAGGGAUGAGAAUUAAUCCAGGCAGUUACAAGUAGAUUCCAGAGUGAGACAGGCUCCAGGGCAGGAGGAAGGUCUGUAUCCCAUUGCAGCACUGGGGCAGGCUAUUCCUGCUUUCACAGAGCCUUUCAUUUUGCACUUUCUGGAUCAGUUCCUGGCGCUGCCCCACACGUAGGUGUACGCAAAUAGCUGAGAGGGUCAGUGCAAGCUGGUACUGCUGCUCAGAGCCCCAAGGAGAAUAGACCUGUAGUCUAAGGCCCAAGAUAACAGACCGCUCUGUAGAAGAGCGAGGCAGCUUGAUCGUAGUUCUUGUGUGCUGUAGUUCCUGUGAUGAUUAGGAAGGGUUUUGUAUGUCAGUAUAAGACCACAAAUUUAUUUAUCAAAUUAUCACAGUGUGAGUAUUUCUCAGAGGAUGUGAAUUCAUGUCAAGAAACCAGUUCCUAUCCACUUUUCCUAGGAAACAAGACAACUGUGCUUUGCAGUUGCUGUGGUUUGUGUACCAGUUUCAAGACAAGCCCAGGCAAUAGCAUAUUUCCACAUUCCACCAUGCAUCUGAGCCUUUGAGUAUUUAAGUUAGCAUAUAUAAAAGCUUUCCAGCCUGGGAAGAUAGAAUUAAGCUGAGAGUGAGCCAAGUGGUGCACUCUCCAAAGCGUUUGGGGAGACAAAUUUCCAACUCUGUUGCACAGUGUGAUUUUUACAUCUCCUGCACUGGCCUUGCAGAACCUGGGCUUUAUUGAAAACGUCAUUUUCCUGUAGUCUGCCGUUGGAGUGUUCUAACAGAUCUGGUCAAACUGAACAUCCUGUGCUUGUUCCUGCUGGAGAAGGAUGGGAACUUGCCCCAAAUGCCGAACUCCUCAAGAAUUUAAUUGUUCAAGUUUGACUUUUUCAAUUAUCUUCUCCUGUUACUGGUUUUAAAAACAUGUCAGCAAAGGCCAAGGGAGCCAAGGAACGUCAGGUUUUAAGAUUACUUCAAGGCAAACAGCAGCCUCCUGCACCCAGCCUCCCUUCACCUUUGCUCUCCAGAGCCAGAUUUCUUUUGCUUUUUGGCACUGUUCAGAACACCAACAAUUUUUUGGGGGGUUGUGGAGAAGAAGAGUGGUUUCUUCUGUUCACUGAGAGAUUAUCUACCUGAAGGUAAAGCCAUCUUCCCUUAAGCACAGGCAUUAUUGAGCGCAUAUCUAAAAUGCCAGGACUGUACCUCUUCCACCUACCUCCCUGUGAUCCAUAGGCAAUGUAAAAGGCCAUAACCCAUCCAACUACCUUGCUUCAAUGCUAGAUCAUCUAUUCAGAGAUCUUAGUGGGACCUGCCCUCCCCCCCAGAAUUUUAAGUUAUUUUGUAAUGCCCACCAUAAAGGCAGACAUUCUGCUGGAGUUUUAUUCUCCUGAUAGAUAUUGGCCACCUCAGGCAGCAACUCCACCGAUGCAUGAUGCUGCUCACUCAGGGGAUUUUUAGGCAGAAGUUUACAGGGACUUAAAAGAGCAGGGAAAGGUCUUCCCAGUGCAGGAAUCUGGGAGCUCCCCUAAACCCCCCAUGUCAGCCUGGUGGUACAUGGAGGUGUUAAACUGGCAUGUGUCUAUCAAGGCGGGGGUGAGCCUUUUAAGUCCCCUGCUUCUUCCCCACUUGUGGAAUUUGUUGUGCCAGUGGGAUGAGGCUGGCUAUAAAACCUCUCUCCCACUCCGCAACCAGCGAGUGCACUGCAGCCCCGCUGACAUCCCCGUUCCUCCCUGCGAGCCACGAACAGGGCAGGAUGGAGGUGAGCUUCACCCGGAUGCUCUACGCGCUCUGUCUGGUUGCCAUGGCCUGUGCGUUCACCCAGGAAGGGUUCAAAGAAGUGAUGCUGAAGCAGCUGGGGCUCUCUGAAGUCCCUAAGCUUCAUAAGAGAGAUCUGGUGGACCUGGUCAUCCCCGAGCAUGUGAAGAACAAGUACAUCUCCAUGCUGAAGCGGCACAGGGGGAAGCGUCGUGCCUCUCCCAGCUUGGCCAGCAUCCUGCAGGGGAUCCCUGGCAAUGCAGAAGUCUUCUACUCUGACCCCAUGCGCCAGAACUUCAUCUUUGACAUGGAGGGGAGGAUACCAAAAAACAGUGAAGUGACAAUGGCUGAACUGAAGCUUUUCAAGAAGCCCCUGGACAGGGUGAACCUGCCAGCCAAGCAGCCCCAUCGGCCCGUCUCCAAUGCCAGGGUCAGCAUCUACUGGGUGCAGAGACAGCACGACGGCACAAACAGGACCUCGCUGAUCGACUCCCGGCUGGUUCCCAUAAGAGAGUCAGGCUGGAAGAACUUUGACGUGACACAGGCUGUGCACUACUGGCUGCGGAACAAGAGGCAGGAGCCAAUGGUCCUGCAGGUCUGGAUCGAAGGGGAAAGGGUGGGCAGCUAUGCUGCAGAGGUUGCCAAGGCCGUGCGCUUCACCUCACAGGAUGCUGGAGACAGAGCCGUGGGAAGACCCGAGCUGGUGCUCUACACCCUUGACUUGGAGGACUACGGGGGCCCUGGGGACUGCAAGGAUGGAGUGCAGGCAGGGAAGUCCACCUGCUGCCGGCAGAAGCACUACAUCAACUUCCGUGAGCUCUCCUGGACACAGUACUGGGUCAUCGAGCCGGCAGGAUACCAGGCUUACAGCUGCCGGGGGGGCUGCCUGCAGCUUCCUGGCCCACUACAGCUCUGGGGGGGCAGGGAGCGUGCCUGCGCUGUGGCCGAGAGCUCCCCGCUCCCCAUCAUGUACCUGGUCCGGAGGGGCAACCACACUGAGAUUGAAGCAACUGAGUUUCCCAACAUGAUCAUUGAGAAGUGCAGCUGCAUGGCAGAUGGCGCAGCACUUCUGUGAGGGACUGACUUAGGGGAGUAACUGUGCUGCUGGGCCUGGAGGAGGUGCACCUCCCUGCAUUUGGUGUGCCUGCCUCUGGGUUAUUUCAGUCCCCACCCCAGGGCACUGCAAGCAGCUGCAGGUGAAAGGCAAGGACAGUGAUUACGGCCAGGUGCAAAAGUCAAGCUUGGGUUUGGAUUUUAGUUCCUUGGUUCCCUGUGCUUUGUACGUUUUGGUCCUUGGCCCCAAGCUGUGUUUGCUGUGGACAGCAGAGCAAAAGCACUUACAUGUAUAUGUUGUACAUGCACACAUAUGCACAUGUAUCACAAAUACACAUACAUAUGUAUUGUAUACGUGCAUAUUGUAUAUAUACGCAUUUUCUACAUACAUACAUAUAUGUACAUAGAAUAUUGCCUAGAGCUUAAAUGAAUGUAUAUAUGUAAGUAUGCAUUGUAUGCAUAUAUCUGUAGAUAUACAUGUACAUACAACAUUGUCCAGAACUCAAAGGACAGUAUUGUUGACCCCUGCACCAAGAAUUUGGCACAGUUUUAAGCAGAAUUUGGAGUCCUGAAGCCAGUGGACAUAUUGGGAUUUGGGUUUGCUUGCACAAAUGAUUGUUUAUAGAAUCAGGUCCUCAUUUUUCUGAUUGCAUAUUACAGUUUUUUCAGUUUAGAGCUAUUUUUUGUAGUCUUAAUUGCUUUCAAAAUUAAGUAAACAAUAAAAUAUGAUUAUUAAAAUA